AUGGGAGACUUGGCUGGGACCACCGGUCGCGUUCAAGUGAGUGUUCGCGUCUGCCCUCCCCGGCAGGGUGAAAAGGAAAUAGUCCACGCUGACGCGGAUGACCCACGUGCUGUGUUGAUUGACGCUGAGCUUGCUCGAGGCGCCACCAUGUUUAAGUUUGACCGUGUGUUUAGUGGAGGUCAGGAGGAGAUCUACGAGGCGAUUGGACGCCCAAUGCUGAAGGAGGCAUUUGAGGGAUUUAACGUUUGCCUCUUUGCUUAUGGGCAGACGGGAAGUGGAAAGACGCAUAGUCUUUUUGGUGAUUUGGACGACAAGGAAGGCCAAGGCGUGGCUCCGCGCUUUGCGCAGGACAUGAUUGAAGAGGCGCAGCUUCGUGUGGAGUCGGACAGCGCGGCGACGAUCAAGUUUUUUGUGACGAUGGUUGAGGUAUACAUGGAGAAG